AUGGCCGAACUACACUGCUGUUUGUGUGAAAAGGUCUUAAGUGCCGAGGACGGAAAUGCCCUCUCGCUAGGAGACAACCAUUACCACGUACAGUGUUUUCAAUGCUCCAAUUGUAGCAACGUCAUCGAUUUCGAAACUCAGCCGGUCUUGAUCUCUUCAAACAACAAGUGUGGAUCCUUCAUUGAGGAUUUGACGUUUGCUACUAUUGACGAUAAAAUACAUUGCAUGCCAUGCACAUCAAAGAGACCGUCCCAGAUUGUGCCAUCGAUACUGGAACCACCAAGAGCUUCAACAGCCGCUGCCCAACAACGUGACAUUGAACCUCGUGUUUCAACCGUUCCUAGUGAAGCUGCUGUUUCAUUUUCUGGAUCCAUUCCCGAGAUCUUGGAAGAAGAAAACAAACAUUUACAAACCAGAUUAUUAUCCGCCGAAAGCAGUCUGCAACGAAUCAAGAAUAUGAGUCGGAAAGCCAUGGAUGAAUUCACCAACCUGAAAAAGGAUUUAGCGGACGAAGUUGCACGAAGGCAGCAAGCCGAACUCACAACAGCAGAACUGAAAUUAGAAUUAUCCGAGAUAUUUAAGGCGAACGCUAGGCUUGUCAAGGUGGACGAGACGUUAGAGGGGCUGAAUCAAGAUGUUACUAUUGCUUUGACUCAAAAGACGGUCUUGGAGGGACAAAUGAGGCAGAUGACGAUGCAAAAGGAGGCUUUGCAACGUGAUAUCAACGAAGUCGUCCAUCGCCGGGAUAUGAGUAUCUCAGAAGCUCCAAUGAUGGCAUCAGAACUGUCGAAAGAUAGUGGCCUAAACACUGAGCUGGAUUCCAUAAAGUCUCGCUUCCGCGCUGAAGUAGCAGAAAUACAGAAAGAACGAGACACUUUACGAUCUGAAGUCUCUGAACUACGAAAUGCUCGUGAUGGUCUGAAAGCUGAAGUAGACAAACUGCAGUCAGAAAAGGCACAGCUACUCAAGACCACUGAAAACCUAUCGGACAAUCUGACACGCCAAGCAACCGUCAUUGUACAUAAUACCAACGCACCUACCACAUCUCGAUUAGUUGACGACUUUACAGUGGAAGAACUACCCACACAGUCUCCUCGUGAAGAACGAGUAUAUCCCGAUAUAGAUGCUCUAGUAGAAUCCAUUAGUAACGAUGCUCUAGCUUCCAUGCCAAUAGGCACGAGAGCAGCAGCGACGGGAGUUGCCAAUACAGCUGUCUCAGCGUCAAUGGAAAGCUUGGGCUCCUCCUCACACACAGUCUCGACAAGAAAAAAGUCAUUACCACAAAUCCCAUCGAAUCCAGCAUUGAGUAGUGCUGCUGCUGGUUAUGACUUGACGAAACCACCCGUACAUAUCGAAUCUUCUUCCUUGCAACCCGAGCCAUCGAUGCGUGGACAAGGAGCACUUGGAAAUGCCAGUGGUGCAACUCUGACACCAUCGCCAUCAUCAGCCACACAAUCCGCAUCUCCUACAGCCUUCAAAAUGGGAAAUUGGAAGGCUCAUUUUGUCAAGGCUACUAAACUGAAUCUCACUCCAACACCUACAAAAGCACUACCCGAAUCGCCGAUUUCAACUUCCGCCGAUGCUACUUCUAACGGUACACCUACUGUUAAUACCGUCAUGCUUGGGUCUAUGUGGAAGUACAAGAAAAGUCCUGGUGGAAAAUCAGGUAAAAUGGAUUCCGAGUAUGGUUAUGUGACUAUGAACUUACAUCUUGUUUUGGCUCGAUUUGUAGUUGAAGAAAUUGGUGCCCUUGAUCAUCGACCGACAGAAAAGAGCAAACAUAAGCUAAUCGCUCACACAUACGUACGACAAAAUAAGUGUGAUGUGUGUUUAGAAAAGCUAUGGGGCAAGGAGAUGCGUUGUGAAGUUUGUGGGUAUCACUCACACAGUAAAUGCUCUGCGGUGGCUCCGGCUACUUGUGCUGGCACAUCCCAGAAAUCAAGUUUGAAUCAUCUUGCAGACACACCCACUACUCAACUCUUUGGAACCGACUUGAGCAAAGUAUACAGCCAAGAAGGCCACAACAUUCCAAAGUUUGUCCGACAGUGUAUCAGCCAUGUCGAGGAAUUCGGACUUGAUUUCGAAGGAAUAUAUCGCAAGUCAGGACCAUUGACUCAAGUCAACAAGCUCAUUGCGGUCGCCAACAAGGGAGAGGAUUUGAUACUCAAUGAUGCUGAAAACCCAGUUGAUAUUAUGGCCGUGACUUCAGCAUUGAAGCAGUUCUUUAGAGAGUUACCUGAAUCGUUACUCCCGAGUGAUUUGUAUGCCGAGUUUGUUGAGAUGUCAAAAACUUUUGAUGAUGAGAAGCGUAUGAAUGAGGCCAUCUCCCUGCUACAACGACUGCCGCAUGCUCAUCAAGCUGUUUGCCAGCUCUUGUUUCCUCAUCUUCACAAGAUUUCCCAAUACAAGGAAGCCAAUCUGAUGACGCCUACGAAUCUUGGAGUAGUGUUUGGUCCAACCUUGAUGAAGAGCCCCACAGACAAGGCAGGAGCAUCGACAACGUUUGAUAUGGCAGAUUCAUCAAACAAGUGCAAUGUUGUCGAAUUCCUUGUUAUGAACUCUCCCAUGCUCUUUGUUAACACCGAUCUAGCACAAGAUCGGCGAGAAAGUGCUCCAAGCGAGCUUGUGAGCUCCAUAGCACCUGAGAGUGUACCCCAAUCUUUCAAGACGUUUUUGUUAUCACCGUCUCCUUGA